AUGACUCCAAAAAAAAAAAACCACAAAAUUUACGAAACACAGAAAAUUAGUCAAGCUCGGGAAAAUCGCGAAAGCCACCAUUUCCGCGGGGUUCACAAUUUUCAAUUGAACGAUAACGAAAUUUUGAGCCCUACGAAAGGAGGCAUAAAGUUAGAUGUGAACAAACUGAGCAUGCUAAGUUUUCCGGGCACACCGAGGAAAGAGGAACAGAGAAAAAAACAAAACCGCAUCCCUGAUUAUGAGCAAAUUCAAAAUAACACUCAAGACUUUUGCACUCAAUUAAAUCAAAGAAGUCACAAACCUAAGAAAACUCUAAACAGGGUCACCACAACUGGAAAAACGAAGAAUCAGAAAGAGAAGCACAGCUUCGACUCUUCGUCUUCGUCCUUUUUUUCCUCCCCCGCUUCAUCUCAUUCGUGUGUAUCGGAUAGCGGUUCCUCCGCGCAUGGUCCACGUGGCCCCCACGAGCCCCAGGGGUCGCAUGUCUUCCCCUCCUCAGACACUUCACCCCGGAAGGCGGAACUAAGUAAAAGCCUCAGCAAACAAACCAGACUUAUACACAUACAAAAUUAUGACAACAUGAGGAGAUCACCCAGAAACCACAGCACAAGUAAAUCCGCCACAGAAAAAGAUACAUACAAGAAAAAGGAUGUCGAGGAAGGGAAAGCAAACAAAAGGAUCUCAGAAAAAGACAAGGUGAAUAACUCCUAUGGCGAUGUGCGAACCCUCAGGAGCGCAAUGAAAGAGAAGUCGGCGAGGAACAAAGCAGAUCAGAAGGAUGAAAAGAAAGUGAUAAGCGGUACGCGCUCCAGUGUUCUCCUCAAGAGAAAAAGCGAGUGCCUCUCGAAGGAUUCCUAUGUGUAUCGCAACCUGGUGAAGAGGGCGAAAACGGGAGUGGCCCGGAGGGAUGGCAACGGCGACAACAGAAAGAACGGAAGUAACGGAAGCAACGAAAAAAGUGGAAGCAAUGCAAGUGAUGACGACGACGAUAGUGACAGUAGCGGCCUCGGAGGCAGGAGACCCAACACAAGGCGCAGCUCCUCGGCCCAGAAGCAGACGCAGACACAGAAAAAUAACCGGCCACUUAGACACGCCGCAACCAUUAACAAGCGAAGCAGCAUGCUCCCCAUGACCGAGCAAAAACGGAGAGGCCCCAGCGAGCCUAGGGAACAACACAAAGAAUUUACAACAGAAAAAGUUGCAAAGCUUACGAAGGAGGCAUCCAUCAGACUCGUUGAGGACAACUCCUGCCAAUAUGAAGACGGCGUGAUUUAUGAGAGUUUAUUCAUUAACCAGGUGCAGUACAGCAUUGGAGAUGACGUGAUGCUUUUGUGUAUCGGUAGUGGUGAAGGCAACACGGGGAAAAGCGGCAGCAGAACCCACCGCAAAAGCAGGGACAAACAGAGGAAGAGCUACCAAUUAAGCAAUGACUACCAACUGAGGAAAGGCAAAAUAUCCAGCUUCUACCAAAACAAAGCGAGGAACCAGGUGGAGGCAGAAGUGUGCUUAUACUUUGACCAGCACGAUACUACAUACAUAAAGGAGCUGUGCGAAAAACAGAAAUCCAGACGGUCCAAGGCAGACUUUGAAGUGUUCCUGGACGAAAAGACGAGAGAUUUUUACCUACUAGGAAAUAUAGAGUUUAAAAUAUUAGAUGCCAAAAUGAUUCUAAAAAAAAUCAACGUGUACAAUGAGAAGAGCCUCUACCAAGAGGACAAAACGUCCAAGGAGGGACAAGACAAGUUCCUUUGCACUCACUACCUAAAAGAUAGAGAAGAAAGAAUAUGCGACAUACAGAAUAGUGAACACUGGGAUAAUCUGAUCCUAGGUUCUAGCGACCUGUACUACUCCUUCUCCAACAAUAAGAAGAGUAGCAAAAAUAAGUCGCUUAAAAUCAUUAUAGACAAGCUGAAGGUGAACGAACCAAGCGGAGCGAGAAGCCAAAGCGGCAACUCCAAAAUCAAUCCUAGAAGUAGUACUAGCAUUAACACUAGAAAAACCGCAGGCAGUAAAGCCAAGGUGACCCCAAACAGGGAAAACACACCCAAGCACAGUGGACAAAAGAACCCCAACGUAGACAUAAAAAAUUUCAUAAAACAGGGCCAAGAAAAUUAUUACGUAAAUCUACUAGGGAAUAUAACAGACCCCACAGAUAAGGCCAUCCGAAUGAUGCAGCUGGAUGUCGUCCCCAAAUAUCUCCCCUGCAGGGAAAAGGAAAUCAAAGAAGUCCACGGAUUCCUCGAGUCAGGCAUUAAACAAUCAGGCAGUAAUCAAAUCCUAUACAUUAGUGGAAUGCCAGGAACCGGAAAAACAGCCACAGUAUACAGUGUGAUCCAACUGCUUCAACACAAAACAAAGCAGAAGUUGUUACCCGAUUUUAACGUCUUCGAAAUUAACGGAAUGAAUGUAGUACACCCCAAUGCAGCCUACCAAGUGCUCUACAAGCAACUCUUCAAUAAGAAGCCACCCAAUGCCUUAAACGCUUUUAAAAUGCUUGACAGGCUCUUUAACCAAAAUAAAAAAGACAGCCGCAAUGUCUCCAUACUGAUAAUCGACGAGAUCGACUAUCUCAUCACCAAAACGCAGAAGGUCCUCUUUACUCUCUUCGACUGGCCAACCAAGGUAAACAGCAAACUGGUAUUAAUAGCCAUUUCCAACACCAUGGAUCUACCUGAGCGCUUAAUACCCAGAUGUAGAUCUCGCUUGGCAUUUGGCCGAUUAGUGUUCAGUCCAUACAAGGGAGAUGAAAUAGAAAAAAUUAUAAAGGAACGCUUAGAAAACUGUAAAGAAAUUAUUGACCACACAGCUAUACAGCUAUGUGCCAGGAAAGUGGCCAACGUGUCUGGGGAUAUCCGAAAGGCUUUACAGAUAUGCAGGAAGGCAUUCGAAAAUAAGAGAGGCCACAAGAUUGUACCCAGAGACAUCACGGAAGCAACCAACCAGCUGUUUGAUUCACCACUAACCAAUGCAAUUAAUUAUCUGCCGUGGCCGUUCAAAAUGUUUCUCACGUGUGUCAUCGUGGAGUUACGAAUGCUUAAUGAUUUUAUCAUUCCGUAUAAGAAGGUCCUAAACAGAUACAGAGUUCUUGUGGAGACAAGUGGGAAGUACAUAGGGAUGUGCAGCAAUUCCGAGUUAUUCAAAAUUAUGCUGGACAAGUUGGUAAAAAUGGGUAUACUACUCAUUCGUCCUUAUAUACCACUCGAAAGUUUGGCGAAAAAUAAAAACAAAGAGACUCUCCUUGGCUUCAACGAAUCGUCGAAGAAGAACGCCCCAGAAGCGAGCAAGUCCACCAGGACGCAGAUCAGCGCAGAAAUCGACAAGGAGUCUGGCGACAUGGGCUUGGAGCUCAACGUCGAAACGCAGCUCAUCAUCACCGCGCUCAUGAAGGAUGCCGAGUGCUCGCAGAAGCUCAACUUUUACUAG